CCCUAGAACAGGCUCAGCACAUUUAUAUAACACCACUCAUUCCCGAACCCUAGAGUUUCAGAUCCUCAUUCAACCAGCACCGAUAGCAGCGGCGGCGACCGUCACUCUCCAAAGAUACUUCCGCGGCGAAAAUGGCUCUGGUGGCGAACGAGGACUUCCAGCACAUUCUCCGUGUGCUGAACACUAACGUUGAUGGCAAGCAGAAGAUAAUGUUCGCCCUUACCUCCAUCAAGGGUAUUGGUAGGAGAUUCGCCAACAUGGUUUGCAAGAAGGCUGAUGUUGACAUGAACAAGAGGGCUGGUGAGUUGAGUGCUGCCGAGUUGGAUAAUCUGAUGACUGUGGUGGCCAACCCUAGGCAAUUCAAAAUCCCAGACUGGUUUCUUAACAGGAAGAAGGAUUACAAGGAUGGAAAGUACUCCCAAGUUGUUUCCAAUGCUCUCGAUAUGAAGCUCAGGGAUGACUUGGAGAGACUCAAGAAAAUCAGAAACCACCGUGGAUUGAGGCACUACUGGGGCCUUAGAGUCCGUGGUCAGCACACCAAGACAACUGGCCGUAGGGGGAAGACUGUUGGUGUCUCUAAGAAGCGUUAAGCUAUUAUGUUUUGGCUUUGGAGAUUAGAUUUUGUUGAGGAGGGAAAUUUGAAAGAACACUAGACAUGUUUUGCAUACCGACUUUGUAUCAGUUUUAUUUAAAUGCUGUGACAAUUUCAAUUUUGUUUGUUAUUUGCGUUAAGCUCUACUUAUGUUUCUGGUUUUUUAUUUGUAGAGAACCUUGAAUAUUAUUGAUGAAAUUACAUAUUCACUUCCACCCCCGA